CGGCCUCCCCGAUCACCCUCCCGGGCAUCGGAGAAGGCCCCUUCCAGAACGAGCGUCGCGCAACGCAGAGAAAUGGGACUUUUGGCACUGCUUAGGAAGCUCAAGUCGACGCCCGACCGCGAGCUGCGGAUCUUGUUGCUGGGUCUGGACAACGCCGGCAAGACAACCAUCCUCAAGAAGUUGGCGUCGGAAGACAUCACGCACAUCACGCCGACACAGGGUUUCAACAUCAAGAGCGUGCAAGCUGAAGGCUUUAAGCUCAACGUCUGGGAUAUCGGCGGCCAGCGCAAGAUUCGGCCUUACUGGCAGAACUACUUCGAGAACACCGAUGUGCUGCUGUACGUGAUCGACAGCUCGGACAGGGCGCGAUUCGAGGAGACAGGCGUGGAGCUCGCCGAGCUGCUCUCCGAGGACAAGCUGCUGGGAGUGCCGUUGCUCGUGCUGGCCAAUAAACAGGACUUGGUGCACAGCGCGCCGGCCGCUGAGCUGGCCGACGGCCUCAACCUACCCGCCGUUCGCGACCGGCCCUGGCAGAUACAGGCCUGCAGUGCGCUCUCUGGCGAGGGACUUAAGCUGACCAGUUGAUGCUUCCAUUCGCUUUGAAUCCCAACGAUUCUCCACUUCAAACGAACGUUUCAAGGCAGUGGGACUCCAUAACACCCUAGAAGAAUUGAUAGAAGCUCACAGAACUACCCAGAUGGAGAAGCUCUUCAAAAGCCAAACCGGAAGACAAAUUCUACAAUCACAGAGCAUCAACUAAGGAACCAGAACCAACGUCAAAACAGAUAUCCCACCAUUACCCAAAAACAUGCAUCCUUUGCAUAACAAAGAACGAAGAAAAGAAAGACCUAAAGCAUGACGUAAAAGUUUUGAAAGUUCUAAAGAUGUGAUUUAUGUGGAUGCGGCCA